CAAAACUCUAAAACAUAAAAUGUGUGUUCCUUAACCUUGAUCUAGUUAGGUAAAAGAAGUAGAGUAGAAUAUCUAGGACACGCGAGUUACCUCUUCUGUUGCUUGAGUUUACGUGUAACGUAGAACCGAAAAUGGACUUAAUCGAACUAUGGGCGAUUUUCGGUCCUGGCGUCGCCGGAGCAGUUUUCGGUGCCGGCUGGUGGAUCUGGCUCGACGCCGUCGUAUGUAGCUCCACCACCGUUCCUUUCCUUCACUACCUUCCUGGAAUUUUUGCUUCUCUUGCUGGUUUGAUGUUCAAUUGCGUUAGAAAAGAAGAUAUUGAUUAUUCUCCUUAUGACGAAGGAGAGUGGAGACUGAAGCUGUGGCUCUUCAUUGCAUAUGUUGUGUCCUUUGUUUCUUUAGCUGGAUCAGCGGGGCUACUGAUCCAAGAUUCACUUGACAAAUCUUCUCCAUCAGUGUGGACUGGAAUUGCAGGCGUUUUGCAGUGUGUAUUUGUCUUGAUCAGUGGACUGAUUUAUUGGACUUCACAUCCCGAAUAAGAUGGACCAGGCUAUGAUUUUGGAGCUUCAAAUUAUACCAGACUAUGCUGCCCAUGUGCCAUUUUCUUUAUUUAAUGUGGUGAUAAAUAUAGCUGGCUUGAUGUAAAUCAGUAAAUGUAAAUUGUCCUAACAGUCUCGAGCCAUUGGGUAGGUUCAUAUUGCAUGUUUGACAUGAUUGAUCAAGAUCUACUAUCCAUUGUAAUUUCAGUCGCAUGGUGGUUUUUACAAAGAUGGUCUUCUUUUCAUUUUCUUAAUAUUUGAACUCAGCAAACCAGAACGGAAACGUUGUACUCCAUCGAGGUUGGCAAUAUCUAAGUAAAGACAUGUAUUUUAAUUGAAAAUUUUAAAUAACAAUUUGAUGUCUCUAGUAAAGUGAAUUAUUUAUUAUUUCAUCAA